AUGCUAGGUGUUCAUCGGAAACGGACAAUAGAGGAGAUUGAGAAUGAAGAGGACCAGGAAAACGAAGAGAGUACAACAAUUUUCGACAAUGAAACAACACAGAAGUUCGAAGUUGAUGAUCUUUCCUGUGACAGUAAUGAUGAAGUCUUUGAAGAUAGUCUUGGAUAUGAAACUAGAAAAACCAAGGAUCUUGAAAGACUGUUGGAAAAGCGCCCCCAGCAUGUCGAAUGUCGUUUAAUUCACGAAUGUCUCUAUAACUGGCUAAGCAUAUACGAAAUGAACAACCCUUCACCGUUCACUUUGCAUGAUAAGUUGUCAGAGCAUUGGUGGAUGAAAUCUGCAUGGGGCGUAUGCACCAGUUUAGCUAAGGAUAUACCUGGAUGUUUUGUGAUUCCAGGAGAAAAGACUAUCAUUGAUUCUUCCGUGAGAAGAAAUAAAGAUCGGGAAUCCACUUCUACACACAAAAAGUUUGGUACUCGUUCUGACCUUAUAUGGAGGGAUGUGAGACUACCUGAAACUGAUUGGGCUGUAGCAGAAGCAGCAAAGGCUUGGUGCCCCCAAAACAACAAGUAUAUUUCAGAGAGCAAGUUUAAACUUCCAAGACAGCUUCACGAUAUACUCAUUGGUCGGUCCAUGGAGGUGGGUGGAGCAAACGAGCUGAGAAAAGCCAUUGUAUCAGGUCUAAUAAUUGGAGGUAAUAAUGCUAGCACUACAUCAACCAUGCAUCUAAUGGCAGAAUACGAGUUGGCAGAAAAGCGGUUUACAAGUCGUAAGAAGAAAGAAGGUCGUAUUAACCUCUCGAAUGCUAUGCUGGAGCCAAAAGUCUCUUGGCGUAACUUGUUGCAGUCAUAA